AUGUUUCUCACAGUGAUUGUGCCCAGUCCGAAGAAUCCCAAGCAGAAUAUUGAUGUGUUUCUACAAUCCCUGAUCGCAGAGCUCAACGAUUUAUGGACCGAAGGAAUCCCUGCAUAUGAUAUAUCAAGAAAACAGAACUUUCAGUUACGCGCAGCGUUGAUGUGGACUAUCAGUGACUUCCCUGCAUUGCAUCCGACUGGUGUAGUAGCCAACAUAUGCAAUAAGGCUUUCAAGCACAUAGUUGACCCGAGAGGAUACAGUCAGGCAAAGCUUUCAGAGGAAUACAUUGAACAUUAUUGGAAAGAAUUUGAGAAAGCUUUUCGCAGUCAGUGCAAAGCUAGAUACGGUGAUUACAUUGGUUAUAAGAGAAAGACAAUGAAGAAACCGGCCUACUUCACGGAUGUCCAGUGGACGACAUACAUCGAUGCUUGGAAGCUUCCUGAGAAUAUUAAGGUUUCUGAGAGGUGCUCGAGAAAUCGUAGACAAGGGCGGGAGAAGGCCUUUGGAAAACAUUGUAAUGGUUGUGUUCCAUUUGAAGAGAUAGUUGAAAAAAUGAUAGAGGAAAAUGACGAGAUAAUGCUUCAAUUUAUGGAUGUCUAUGGUAGGACUCACACAUUCAAAAAAAAAGAUUCACAAGGUCUGGUUUCUCAACGCGCCACACAGAUUCGUGAUGAUGUUAGGACAAGGGCAGAAGAAUUAAGAGUCGAAGGGGUAGAGAAUCCGGAUUUAGAUGCCAUCUUCUUGGAGCGUCAUGGGAAGGUGAAGAAGAGAAAACAGAUUCCCGGCGCAGAAAGUGCAACAAAAUUAUACUAG